AUGAAGAAGACCGUGGUUCUCUACCCCGGCCUCGCCGCCAGCCACUUCAUCCCCAUGAUGCAGCUCGGCGACGUCCUCCUGGAGGAAGGCUACGACGUCGUGGUCGCGCUCAUCGACGCUACCAUGGAACACAACAUCGCCUUCGCCGCCGCAGUCGACCGUGUCGCAUCCUCCAAGCCGGCGGCGGUCACCUUCCACAAGCUCCCUCGAAUCCACGAUCCUCCCACCGUCACCAACGACGUCAACCUGCUCCUCGGAUACUUCGAGAUGAUACGGCGCUACAACGAGCACCUCCGUGAGUUCCUCUGCUCCAUCCCUCCGCGAAGCAUCCACGCAGUGAUCUUGGACUCAUACUCCAACAUCGCGCUCGACGUCACCAACAAGUUCGGUAUCCCGGCUUACAGCUUCUUCGCCUCCAACGCCUCUGCCCUCGCUGUAUUCCUCCAACUCCCUUGGGCCCAUCGUGCGGAGGGCCAGCCGAGCUUCAAGGAGCUAGGAGACGCCACUGUCAACUUCCAUGGCGUCCCACCCAUGCCGGCUUCUUUGCUCGAGGACCCCAAGACUGAGAUAUACAGGGCGGUGACAAACUCGCUGGGCAAGAAUCUGGAGGCCGGUGGCAUACUGGUGAACACGUUCGCAUCGCUAGAGGCCCGGGCAGUGGCAGGCCUCAAGGACCCGCACUUUCUCGCCGAAAGUGGGCUCACAGUGCCUCCAGUGUACUGCGUCGGGCCACUUGUCGAGGAUGCUGCUGAGACGAAAGGAAAGCACGAGUGUCUCAAAUGGCUCGAUGAGCAACCAGAGCAUAGUGUUGUGUUCCUGUGUUUUGGAAGCCUAGGCAACCACUCGGAGAUGCAGCUUAAGGAGAUCGCCACCGGCGUCGAGAGAUCUGGCCACCGUUUCCUGUGGAGGUGCUCCGUCAUAAGGCAACAGCAAAAGAUGAAUAAGGUGCUCAUGGUGGAGGAGAUCGGGAUCGGCGUGGAACUUGCCGGGUGGCAGCAUGGGUUGGUCAAGGCCGAAGAACUGGAGGCCAAGGUGAGGCUAGUGAUGGAGUCUGAGGAAGGGGAGCAGCUUAGAGCUCGUGAGACAGCGCACAAAGAGGCCGCGGACAUGGUCUGGAAGGAUGGUGUGGGUCGUCGCGCAUGGCGUUUAGCCAGUUCUUGUCAGACGUGGGCAAGGUUAGACCAGAUCUGA